AUGGCCGAGGGUCUUGUGGAAGCAGGCGGCAAGGUCCACUGUCUGGACAGGUUACCAGAACCGGAUGGUUUCUUUGCUCGGGCGAAAGAACGAGUCAAUCCAGAUUUGGGCGGAUCAUUGAACUAUCACCAGGUUGAUGUCUCGAAAAACGAUGAAAUUGAAGAAACGAUCGCAGGUAUUGCAUCGCAGAACCAACGACUAGAUGGCUUAAUUGCUGCGGCCGGAAUCCAACAAGUCACGCCUGCACUUGACUAUGCUUCUGAGGACAUUGCUCGAAUGCUGGCGACGAACUACACUGGAGUCUUUCUUUCGGCACGAGCUUGCGCACGCCAGAUGUACAAGUACAAGAUACAGGGUUCCAUGUGUCUGAUUGCUUCCAUGAGCGGUACAAUUGCGAAUAAGGGGUUCAUAGCACCGGUAUACAACUCCUCAAAGGCAGCCGUUAUACAAUUAGCUCGUAAUCUUGCGAUGGAGUGGGGGAGAGUGCAACCUGAUGGCUCGGGUGGCAUCAGGGUGAACACGCUCAGUCCAGGUCACAUCCUAACACCAAUGGUGGAAGAGAACUUCAGGAAGGGCGAGGCUGACAGGGCGGCCUGGGAAGAGAAUAGUAUGUUGGGAAGACUAAGUACGCCAGAGGAGUACAAAGCGGCAGGACUUUUCCUGCUCAGCCAGGCCAGCAGCUACAUGACGGGCGCUGAUCUCCGCAUAGAUGGUGGAUGCUCUGCUUGGUAG